UACGUAACAGUUGUAGGGCUGGGCAUACUUAUUUUUAUGGCUAUAUAGGCUAAACAUCUACCCUUUACUUCUGAAUAAGAGUAGUAGGAAAAUAUGAGGGCAAGAAACAUAUUUAGCUCUCACUUCUUUUCCACAGCAUUAGCAGCUCAAUUACUCACCAUACUCUUUACCUCAAACUCCUCAUUCUGCCAUGCAACUGCCUUAACUUCUUCAGCUGGCAAAAAUGAUAGAAGAGAAGCAAUAGAAAUCAUAAUCAUAGGUGAUGUCCCUCCCAUUGCUCCUGCCUAUCCUCCUUCUAACGGAGAUGAUCCAGAUAAUUGGUAUUCACCUCCUCCUGAACCACUAUGUCCUCUUCCUCCUCCACCGCCGACUCCUGCAGAGUCACCAUGUCCCCCUCCCAUGCCUCCAACCCCAUCGCCCUCACCACCACCACCACCACCCCCACCACCUAAAGUUCGUCCCAAACACUCACCACCCCCACCAUCCACCCCAGGUUAUCUUACCGCAGAACUAAGAAAAGUCAUAAAAGUCAUUCAAAAUUUCAAAAAGACAAUAACUAGCGACCCCUUUGGCGUAACAAAAACAUGGGUAGGCAACGACAUUUGCAGAAAGUACGUCGGAUUCACUUGCUACAAAAACCACGUUGUUGCCAUCGACUUCAAUGGUUUCCGCUUCAACGGCAGUCAACUGUCCUUGAGCAAGUUCAUUGAAGAAAUCAAGACUUUAGUCAUCAUCCAUCUCAACUCCAACAACUUCACUGGCUCGGUACCUGAAAUAUCAACCAAAACGCUCCCUAAACUUUUCGAGCUCGAUUUGAGUAAUAACAAGCUUGCUGGGCCUUUCCCAAAAGCUGUUCUUGGUGCUACAAAUUUAACCUAUUUGGAUGUUAGAUUCAACCAGUUAACAGGUCCAGUGGACCCUCAAGUAUUCACAUUGGAUCUUGACGUUCUUUUUCUUAACAACAAUGGUUUUUCUGGUGAAAUCCCAGAAACAUUUGGCCGUACUGCUGCCCUGUUUAUCACACUAGCCAACAAUAGAUUCACUGGUGAAAUCCCUAAAAGCAUUGGCAAUGCUUGUAGAAAUAUCCUUGAGGUUCUGUUCUUGAAUAAUCAACUUUAUGGUUGCUUGCCUUAUGAGAUAGGCUUGUUGAAACUGGCAACUGUAUUUGAUGCUAGUGUGAAUAAGUUAACAGGUCCAAUACCUCAUUCUUUUGGGUGCCUAAGGGAUAUGCAACUGCUGAAUAUUUCUUACAAUCAGCUGUAUGGUCCCGUGCCAGAAUCACUCUGCAAGCUCAGCCACUUGCAAAAACUUACCUUGAAAUUCAACUAUUUUACUCAGGUUGGACCAGAAUGUCGAAAGCUGAUAAAGGAGAAGAUUCUUGAUAUUAGCAUGAAUUGUGUACUGGAUCUUGAGAACCAGAGAAAACCUGAAGAAUGUGAAGCCUUCUUCUUGCAGCCCCGGAAAUGUCCAGACAUGGAAUCACUAAGUAAAGUACCUUGUAAUAUUGAUGAGUUCUCUUCUAGGCAAAGUUCUGGUCGAGCUUAUCGCCAUCACCGUGCAAGGGCUCAUUCAACUACUUAUGCUGCCAUCAAUAAACCUCACCUCUGAUUUAUUUACCAUGGUAAUUCCGUAGUAUAAUUUUUAGAUGUGUAAUAGCGAUGUAUGUAAAUUGGGAAUGGCAGGUAAAGAUACAGCAAGUAUCCCAAUUUACAAGACAGAGGCUGAUAUAACUAUUUAUGUACCAUUAAAUUUGUAAGUACUGAGUAUAACCUUUGGUCUUUUGGAGUAAGCUGCCUCUUUUAAAAAGAAUCCAGCUUGGCUUCUCCUA